AGGAAGCUGUUCUUCAAAGUGAAACUGCCCCAACUGUGUCAGGAAGAGUUUUCCACUCGUCUUUAAACUGUCUGACAGACAUUUUUCAGGGGAAAAUGCAGAGCAGUGCUUACGGGGCCUCUUUGGCUGGCGGAGCCUUUGAUUUAGGGAACUUUGUAAAACAGCCUCAGACUAUUUUGCGCUGCCUGAGUUGGUUAUUUUCCAUUGUGGUGUUUGCAACCAUCACAUCAGAAGGCUACGUUAACCCAGCAACAAAAGCAGAGGCUAAGUGCAUGUUCAACGAGAAUGACAGCGCGUGCAGCUACGCGGUUGGAAUUGGAGUCCUGGCUUUCCUGGCUUGUGUUGUUUUCCUUAUUCUGGAUGCCUACUUUCCACAGAUCAGCAAUGCCAAAGAGAGAAAAUUCAUUGUUAUAGGGGAUUUGGUCUUCUCAGCGGUUUGGACCUUCCUGUGGUUCAUCUGCUUCUGUGUCCUGGCCAACCAGUGGUCCAAAACUGCCUUCGAUGCUGCCAGGGCUGAUGCUGGACGGGCUGUCAUAGCUUUCUCCUUCUUCUCGAUCAUUUCCUGGGCUCUUUUGUCCUACUUUGCGUAUGGAAGGUAUCGCCAAGGAGUGAAUGACUUUGACCAGGAGUACAGAGACCCAGCCAACGACCAAAACAUGCCAUACCCAGCCGGCCCGUACACCAGCAGUGGCCCCACAGGCUACCAGCAGUCACCUUUCUCCCACAGCCAGGAGCAACCAGGAGAAUACCAGCCUCCAGCUUAUUGAAGGACUGAUAUUCAAAUGCAUCAAUCCAGCAAGGGAAGUUUUCAUUUUAAAUAAAGACGUGUGCCAAUGGUUUAAUUUUCAACUCAAACUGUUCUCUGCACUCCCAUUUACUUCCUGCAGAACGUGUUUGCAUAUUUUUGGGUGGCACUGCUAUGUUUUUGGUUUGCUGCAUCACUGUAAGUUGUUUGGUGGAUGUUGGCUGUGUUGUUCUACACAGCAAGGUGAAGUCUGAAAAUACUGCUGUUUUUGGGUCAGAGGGUGAAUAUCUUAGUAAAGACUGAAUAACCAGCCAUUGUUGCCUUUGUACCAAAACAUCUCUAGUUGUUCUAGUGCCCCAUUUCUUUUUUUAAUUUUAGGUGCACUUUGAGAGCUCAUAUUGUCAAAAGCACUAAUUAACAAACAGGUUAGAAUUAGUUUGUCCUGGACAAAUCUGUUUUUGUUUAAAAUAUGGAGACUUUUUAAUUAAUAUGUUACUGUUUAGUACAUACAAGUAUCUUUUCAUUGUUCUCAAAUUCAUACAUAUUAGGGCAGCAGCUAAUUUAUUAACACAAUUCAGAACAUACUGUUUGACUACAGAACAAACCAAUUUUAUUUCAUCAGUUGGUACAUUGAAAACUUUCCCUCUGUAACUACUGUAAUUCCAUUUUAUAAUUUCUUUUUAAAUCAACCACUGAAAAAAUGUCUUUUGUGCACUGAAAAAUACAGAUCAUUUCUUUUUGGCAGUUGUGUUUUAAAUCUACUGGUUUUUACAGGUAUUUUGUUCUGAGGUAGCCAAACCAUUCAAUCGCCUUUUUUUGACUUCAGCUAUACUUUUUAAAUUAUCCUCUCAAGCAAAAGUUUCAGCCAUAACUUUAGGAGUUCUGUGACGUUGUAAGUUGAUGGUGUAUUUAUUAUCUUCCUUAAUCCUGUUAAAUCCAGGUACAUGACAAUCAAACCAUAUCUUUUUUCUGUCACUUUUUCCUAUUGCACUGCUGUUGUACAUUUUCACAUUAUUUUUCAAUGGCUUUACAAUAAUUCUCCAUUAAAGUGCCUUAUACAGUUUCCUGUAUCAGACAGAGUUUGCCAAAUAAAGACUUCUGGUUUUGAA